UUAAGGCCGCCAUAAAGUUAUAGUUCUUAUUCCGGAAUUUUACGGUCAUUAGAACAAAGCGAGUUUCGAGAUAGCCAGUCACUAAAUAAAUAAUUAAUAAACCAACUAUUAAUAUGUCUGCAUUCGCAGCCUAUAACAAACCCAAAGCGAAUGGACGCAUCAAAAGUAACGGGAGCGGCUCCGGUGCCGUUAAGAAAGGAGCUACCGCGCGCCCAAAAACUGCCCUUCAAAAUGGCGUUCGUUCCAAAAACAGCAAAGGGAGCCGAAAAGCGGCUCCACAAGAAAAUGAAAGUUUUAAUCCGACUAAUAUGGAUAAAUUGAUCGAUGAACUUUACAAAGAUGGAAAACCAUUAAGCAAGUCACAGAAUCAAAAGAAACAAAAACUGGAGGCAUAUUUGGCGGAGCAACUUGGGCCUGUGGACAACGACGGGAGCAGCUGCACUGCCAGUAGCGAAGAGGAUACCGGGAGCUGCAACGAUGAUGGGUCUAGCAAUGAGGAUAGCAGCGAUGGCGAUGAGUCCCACACCAAUGACAGCGACGACAGUGACGAAGAGCAAGACAGUGCUCAGUCAUCUGAUGAUGGUGAUAGCGACGACGAUGAUGAUGAUAGCGAUGACGAUGAGGAUGACAGCAACGACGAUGAUGACGACGACGACGAUGAUGAUAGCUCUGGUGAAACGGAUAGUGAUGCCUUCAGCGAGGAGUACACAAUGAAUAGUUAUAAUACUAGCGGCGAAAGUAGCCAAUCGAGCCCUGCUGUGGUCAACCCAAAGCCAGUCAGACAAAAAGCAGCUCCAAAAUCAACGGCACAAAAGCGUCAGAGUACAGCCGCAGGCGGCAAUAAUGACGACGACUUGAACAACAAUAAGCCGGCCAAACAGAUGAAGCGGAACUCCCUGCCAGCUCAAGAGCCAAAGCCGUCAGUCAAUGGAACUUCAGAACGCCGCAAAACCAUUGCCUUGGGCACAGAGAAGUCCUGUCCGCUGUUGCGCAACCCCAAAUCCUGUCCACUACCACCAAAGGUAUCCAAAUCGCAGUCGGCUCCUAGAUCAUGCCCAAUACCGGUCAAAAGGAAUUCCGCCACUACAUCUGAAAGCACAAAGAAGACCACCGCCCCGACCUCCUCCCAUGCUAACAAGAAUGCCGGUGCGAAAUCGCUUACGAAUCGCAAAAAGGUUGCUCCCGAAAAAGCGAACUCGGCGCAAAUCGCUGCCUUUAAUGAGCGACCCGAGGUUCACAAGCAGAAUAGCAUUGAGGAGGGCAAGCGUAUGUUCUUCUGGGUAGUAAAUCCUUUGCUUCCAGAAGCCUUCUUUGCCAAAUAUUGGGAACAGAAUGCCUGCCACGUGAAACGAAAGGAUGUUAAAUACUUCUCAAAGCUAAUUUCGUUCAAACUCAUCGAUGAGAUGCUCAUACGCCACCAUUUGGAAUUCACCACGAACAUUGAUGUGACUUCCUACACGAAUGGAGUGCGUCAGACCCACAAUCCAGAGGGUCGUGCUAUGCCGCCCGCUGUCUGGGGAUAUUAUGGCGAAGGCUGUAGCGUGCGCAUCCUGAAUCCGUCCACCUAUUUGAGUGGCUUGCGCGAGCUCUGCAGCAAGAUGCAAGAGUACUUCCAUUGCCUUGUCGGUGCCAAUGUCUAUCUGACGCCGCCAAAUAGUCAGGGCUUUGCUCCACACUACGAUGACAUUGAGGCCUUUGUGCUGCAAGUGGAGGGACGCAAGCGCUGGCGUCUUUACUCUCCAAUUAAAAAUUCUGAUGUACUCGCACGUACCUCCUCUGGCAAUUUUGAACAGAGCCAGCUAGGUGCUCCCAUCUAUGAUGAGAUACUAGAACCGGGCGAUGUGCUCUAUUUUCCACGUGGCACGGUGCAUCAGGCAGUCACCGAAGACAACAACUACUCGCUGCACAUAACGCUCAGUGUUUAUCAAAAGCAGGCUUAUGCCGACUUGCUUGAGAACUUGAUGCCGAUUGUGCUGCAGCGGUCCAUUAAGCACCACGUGAAUAUGCGUCGCGGUCUGCCGCUGCACACCUGGAAGCAUCUGGGACUGGCCAAUGGCGACGUCCAGACGAGGGAGCGCACAGAACUUGUAGCCAAUGUGCAGCACUUGGUAAGCAAGUACUUGAUGCCAAGCCCUGCCCAGAUUGAUGCGGCUGUUGAUCAGCUGGCCAAGCGUUUCCAGCACGAGGCAUUGCCUCCCACCGUGCUGCCGGAGGAAUUGAAGCGCACAGUGUUUGGGUCACGCAACACCACAGAUUCGCAUGGCAAGUGCUUAUGUGACUAUGAGUUGACCGACUCCCAUAACGUACGUCUGCUGCGCGCCAACAUUCUGCGUCUGGUUGCCGAUGAGGGCGCCCUGCGUGUUUAUUAUUACGUAGAAAAUGCAGUUGAGUUUUGCAAAUACGAUGCCAAUUUCAUGGAAAUCGAGCCCACAGAGGCCGCAGCCAUUGAGAUGCUUAUGCGUGCCUAUCCCGGUUACAUCAGUAUUGGACAGCUACCGAUGCGCAGCUCCGAACGACGCGUCGAGGUCGCUACAGCACUCUGGGAACGCGGCCUCCUAAUGACCGAGAAGCCAUUUAAAUAGCUCUUGGCAAGCUCCCAGGAGUUGAUCCCUUAUACCCAAAAAAGAAUACUAAAUAAACCGUGAGAGAUUGCGCUGACUAGAUAUUAAGUUUACGUUCUGUUUUUUUUUUAUUUUUUGUGCAGCCAAGUCUCUGCUCACGAAACGUUCAAGUAAUUUCGUGCUCAGCGUUGAGGCUUUCGUUGCACUAGAAUCAUUCAUUUAUUGUAGGUCUAGCAAUCUCUGCUAAGGACCAAAUUAUAAGUAUGUCUACCUAUGUUUGCCAGUAAGAUAUUGUGAUUUAAUAAAUACGUAUGUAAAAGAAAAUACCUCCAAUCUAA